GGUAGGGGUCACUUCUCAGCCUGGCUGCCUAAGCUAAGUAGUGAGCUAAUAAUGUGAUUGAUUCAAGACUUCUAUCAUGUCUUCAAACACAGAUGUACCCAAUAGUCGAGAGGAACGAUUGAACGAUACGGCAAAAGAAGAGGAGACGCCUGCUUCCCCUAUCUACAAUGAUAUACUCGAUAGUCAGGAAAAACGAAGGAAGGAUCUCAAGGAUCAAUCGCUUAAAACUGGUGAUGUCAGCCGGAAAAGACGCUUGGUACAGGAGGAAAAAGAGGAGGAGAUGCGUCUGAUGAAGCCAGAGUCUCCAGGGGAUAGUCCUGUCUACUCUAAAGUACCGGAUAGUCCAGGGACAAAAGCGGAUCAUGACGAAGAUAUGAUCGUAAGGAGUGGUGAAAACAGCCAAUCAAGACGCUCGGGGAAGAAGAAAGUGGCAGAGGAGACAUCUUCCUAUUCUAACGAACCAAAUAGGCCCAACUCAGCCGAAGUCAACAGCAAACGGGCCACGUUUCGGACUGGCAUUAUGACUCAGAAGGAACAUUUGAACGCGAAGAAGGUAAAGAAAGACAGAGAAGAAGACGAAGAUGAAGAGGCAUAAACACAGCUAUAUAUAGGUCACGGGUGAAGUGACGGGGAUAAGUCGCUUAGUAGGGCAACGUGCUAGAAGGAUAGGCAGGAACAACCCAUUUGUCCUUGCCCAGCAGUAAUGUAUUCAUAGCAUGAAAGUGUUCAGUAUUUAAUGGGCAGAUGAAAGUGGCGCGAGCUACUGGAACGUGUUUGUGUGGGUCGCGUUGGAUUAGGCAAACAGCCAAGACUGUAUCUGCUGUAAACGACAAAGAAAGACGGAAACCAAAUUCGACUUCUACUGUAGUAUUGAUCAGAGGAUUGGGGAAUUUUCGAUAUUUGAUUGUGUG